AAGGCCGAGGUGGGUCGCGCUACGUGGACGCUUCUCCACACCUUGGCGGCACAGUUCCCGGAGCGUCCCACGCGGCAGCAACGGCGUGACGCGCGCACGCUGGUGGACUGCCUCACACGCAUCUACCCGUGCGGGGACUGCGCCCGCCAUUUCGCUGAGCUGGUCAGGCGGGAUCCGCCGGUCGUCAGCUCGGGUCCUGCGUUCCGGCGCUGGCUGUGUCAGAUCCACAACCGGGUCAACGCGCGCCUGGGCAAGCCACUUUUCAACUGCGACCUAGUGGAGAGCCGCUGGGCACCUCUGGGCUGC